CCCUGCUGCACACACACAAACACACACUGGUUCAAACGUCUCUUUUCAACGACUGGUAAACAUGGACCAAGACAUGGAUGUGAUCUAUCAGUUUUUGGAGAACAGUACUGACAACUUUUCAGAGUCUGGAGACUUUGAGUUUGGAGAUGAGCCAUGUGGCCGAGCGCUCAGCAGCAACUUCAGCAAGAUCUUCCUGCCGACCGUUUACGGAAUUAUAUUCGUCCUGGGAGUCAUUGGCAAUGGAUUAGUGGUAGUUGUCAUGGGCUACCAGAAAAAGGUCAAAACGAUGACGGACAAGUACCGGCUCCAUCUCUCCGUGGCUGACCUCCUGUUCGUCCUCACGCUGCCCUUCUGGGCCGUGGAUGCAGCCAGCUCCUGGUACUUUGGCGGUUUCCUCUGUGUGUCAGUGCACAUGAUCUACACGGUGAACCUGUACAGCAGCGUGUUGAUCUUGGCCUUCAUCAGCCUGGACAGAUACUUGGCAGUUGUGCGGGCCACCAACAGUCAAGCCACAAGGAAGCUUCUUGCGAGCAGAGUGAUCUAUGUGGGAGUGUGGCUGCCUGCUGCUGUGCUGACUUUACCUGACCUUGUGUUUGCCAGGGUUCAAACACGGUCGUCCGACAUCCACUUUUUCAACGAUAGCAGAGAGACUGCAGACUCCAGGAUCAUCUGCCAGCGCUUCUACCCGCAGGAAUCCAGCAUGAUAUGGACAGUUGUUUUCCGCUUUCAGCACAUCCUGUUGGGCUUUGUUCUGCCCGGGCUGGUCAUCCUCAUCUGCUACUGCAUCAUCAUCGCCAAGCUGUCGCAAGGCACCAAGGGCCAGGCGCUGAAGAAGAAAGCGCUGAAGACCACGGUCAUCCUCAUCCUUUGUUUUUUCACCUGCGGGCUGCCCUACUGUGUUGGUCUCUUCCUGGACAACCUGAUGAUGCUGAACGUGGUGACUCCCUCCUGUGUGCUGCAACAAGCGGUGGAGAAGUGGAUUUCUAUCACAGAGGCGCUGGCUUACUUUCACUGCUGCUUAAACCCCAUCCUCUAUGCUUUCCUGGGAGAAACGUUCAAGAAAUCAGCCAAGAGUGCACUGACAGCCGGCUGCAGAUCCAGUCAAAAGGUGACACUCAUGACCAAAAAGAGAGGGCCAAUUUCCUCAAUGUCCACUGAGUCGGAGUCCUUAAGCGUUUUGUCAAGUUAACAACAAACUCUGUGACUAAGAUUUGAAAUCCUCAGGAGAGAU